AUGAGCGGAGCUGAUACGGAACUUAUCGAAGAGCUGUUCCAGGACCAAAACUUGGAUCCCGAGGAUGUUUUCUGCUCAGAGGGCGGGUGCUUCCAAGUGAUUGACAUCAGGGGUGGUAACGUCAAACAUCUCGAGAUCGACAACGAGGUCAGCUUCCAAGACCUUCUGGCCCCGAAAAAUAUUUCCGGAACCCGCAUCAUCUCCAUAAGUGGGCAAAGCACGGUCUUCAACCUUGACAUCAGUCUUUCGUGGACUACAAGGCUUUUCGAAGCAUACAAAGUCCACCCAGAAUUCUACCGAACUUUAGUGUCUUUCGGAAAUGGCCCCCAUUUCGCAGAAGCUUGCGACGGGAAUGACCUGCUUUGUAAAAGGUCGAACGGCACAUAUACCUUGUCAUACAAGCUCAACUUUGUCGAACUUAAUAACCGGAACGUGAGUGAGCGUUGGUCUUCGAGACAUCUCGGGGUAUAUCACCAGCAUGAGGCAGAUUUCGACCUCUAUGUGUUGGUUCACUGCAGCAGGUCGAGUGCACUGUACAGCAGAUUCACGCCUACGUCGACGGGCCCGCAUGGCCAACAUGAUCAGUUGCAAGAUAUUGUACAGAAUCAGGGAAGUCUCCAUGACCUUGUCUUGCAAACAUAUGUCCGCAACUGGCGGCCGUACUUGAGCUCAUCGGGAAACGAGCUUUCCAAAAUGAGUAAUCAAGCCAUGGUAGCCCAGGUGACGGAGGCCGGAACUCAAAGCUAUGUCUGGCUACGCCGGCUCAGAUCGCUCAGAGACCGCGUGGACUUGGCCUCGGGGCACUGCAUGAGCAACCUUGCGGUCAUCGAGUCGAUACGCCGGAGUCAACAGACCAAUGUGGAAAACAGGGACGCCCAGAAGCUUUCAGCAGCCCAGAAGACCAUCGAAAGUUGUGUGAAGAACUCUCAACUCUUGAAAGAUCGCAUUGAUAAUACCAUCGAGCUUAUCAGUUGCACUUUGACAAUCCACAGCCAUGAAGAGGCAGCCAAGCUCGUUCAUGAGAUCAAGGUGCUCACGGAGGAAACGAGCAGCGUCACCAAGAAGCUAACCCAGAUCGCCGAAAACUCUGCACACAGCGGAGAGAUCAUAAGGGUCAUCACCAUUGUCUCCGCCAUCUAUUUGCCAGGCAGUUUCGCCACCUCAGUCUUCGGGAUGAAUUUCUUCGACUUUGUCGAGGGAAAACGACGGAUCGCUGUUGCCAAGGACAUAUACAUAUUCGUGGCAUUCUGGAUCGGGCUGACAGUCCUGACUGCCGCCACUUUCUUCUGGGCCUACAUGCGUGGCAGGAAAAGACUGAAAAAAGUUGAAGAGGCCGCGUUUGAGGCCAUGACUCAGACUUCGGCUAAGCGGUCUAGUGGAGUUCUAUCGUCGACAAGUGGUUUUGAAAGACCCGGGGUGGUAUGA